AUGACCGAAUUAGGUCCGAUACAUUUGAAUAUUCAAAACAAGUUGACGGACUCUUUAGCCCCAACAACUUUAGAAAUAAUUAAUGAAUCUCAUUUACACGCAAAUCACCAAGCAAUGAAAAAUGUAAAGAGUAAAGAAACACAUUUUAGCGUAUCAAUUGUUUCAGAACAAUUUGAAGGAAAAACAAUAUUGCAAAGACAUAGACUUAUAUACCAAAUUCUUGAUGACGAAUUAAAGGCAGGUGUACAUGCACUAUCAAUAAAAGCAAAAACGCCCAAGGAAGUAGAACAAUAG